AUGUAUGCUAUACAAAAGGUUCGUUUUAUUCAUGGUUUUCUUAUUGAGCUGCCCAUACAUUUAACUAUGCAUUCAUUAAAUCCAUCAAAAUUACCACUGUCAGACGAUACACGUAAAUUUGAAAUCGAACCACGUGGUUUUGCAGAAGUAGUGAUUCAAAAACAGUUCUAUGAUAUAUUACCUAAUAAUGAUCAAAAACAAGUAUUUGAUUUUUAUAAAUUAUUAUUAUUUGAAUUUUCACCAGAUUGUAUAGAUCAACAAUGUCGUUUUUGUGUCGAACAAUUAUCAACUGAACAUCAGCGUUCACGUGGUUUACAUUCAAGUGAAUGUAUGUUUCGCACAUCCAUAUCAACUUCGUACGAUAAUAAUCAAGUCAAAUUUAAACAAUUACCAACUGUUACAUAUCUGCCAAAUAAGAGCAAACAAAUCCAUUUAUAUGUAUUUAAUCAAAAGUAUUGGUUUACAUAUCCGAAUUCAAAUACAUUACUACAAACAACGGCAUGCUACGCAUUUAUUCGUGAUAUUGAAAUUAUACCUGAUAAACUCUACUUAAAUCUUGACAUGUUAUAUAGAAUUAUUAAUCCAACGUUAGACACACGCACAUCACCUGUUAAAUGCCAAUUUUUGCAAUUGAAUGAACCUAAUAAACAGAUGUAUCCGUUAAUCGCUUAUCAUGGUACAAGUAUAGCAGCCAUAAGAUCAAUACUGAAUGAUGGUCUGGUACUUCCAGGAACAAUUACGUCAUCCGGUGUUUGUGUGAACCCACCAUCAACUCAUAUUGGACGACAAGUACCAGCAUUCCAUACCAAAGAUUAUGCUGGCGCCAUAUUUGUAAGUCCAUCCAUAUAUUAUAGUUCUGAUUCAACCUAUGCCGUACAGUUUUCCUACAAAGAUCAACUACUGAAACCUGUUUUAGAGUGCGGUAUAAAAGAAAAUUCUAUGAAAAAAUUUCCAUGUACUGUACGUAAUUGGGAAUCACCAAAUCCAACAGAUGAUAAAGAUAAUAAGAAUGAAAUAGAAUGGAGAAUUGAUGAUCCAUUAAAUAUUGAAAUUUUUUCUCUUUUAUUUAUACCUGUAACAAGUUCAAUUACUGCUGCUAGAGUUGAACGAGAAAGAAAACUGAAAAUUUAA